AUGAAAUGCAACUUGCAUAUUCGCAUCAUAGAAGCCACUGGCCUUCCAAAGAUGGAUUUAUUUGGUAAAUGCGAUCCAUAUGUUGUAUUGCAGUAUAACAAUGACAGAGUUAUUUCUCAAACAAAAGUUAUCAAGAAAACAUAUAAACCAGUUUGGAAUGAAGACUUCCACUUCCCAGUCGUCUCACAGAUGGACGAUUCUAUUAAGUUCUUCCUGAAGGAUGAAGAUAAAGGAAAAUCUGAUGAUCCAAUUUCCCGACUAAUAAUCGAGCUGAAAACUUUGACACUCAACCAAGUUACCGACAAAUGGUACGAUUGCAUUCCAGUAAAGGGAGUCAAGAAGGGAGGCAGAUUACGGUUAAAGCUCCAUUUGGCAGAAGAAGGUGCCGUUGCAUUCGUUGAAGGAGCUCCAGCUAAUUCUGGCCAGACAACAAAGAUCAUCGGAGCAUUAGGCAGCAGCAUGCAGUCAAUCAAUACAGGAAUUAUGGGAAUAGUUCGCCAGCAACAAACUGCAGCCAACAGCCAACCAGCUCCCCAACAGCAACCUGCAGCUCCAGCGCCACAGGCACCAGCAGCUUCAAUUCCACCUCAAUAUCCAGCCAUGGAUCAGAACCCAUCAACUGUUACUGCUUCUCAGCCACAGUUCCAGCCUCCUCCAAUGAACCAAGGCGGAGUACCUCCACAGUCAUCUUCCCAGCCAAACUCAAACCCAUACGCAAAUCUCCAGCCAAAUACUCCACCGCCAAGCAAUUUGCAGUAUCAGCAACCAGCGCUGUUUAAUUCCUGCUCCAGCCCACAGCCACAAUACGCUCAAUAUAGCUACCAGACCCAAUAUAAUCCACCGCAAGGCCAAUACUACGGCCAACAGCCAUCUCAGUUCAACGUGCCACAAGGGUACGGCCAGCAGCCUCAAGCUAGCAUGUAUCAGAGCUCAUACGGCCAAUAUCCAAACCAAUACCAACAAAGCAACCCUAUGAUGGGAGCCCUCCCUACAGGAACAACUUAUAACCAAGGAGGAUAUCGCUAUUGA